ACCAAAACAACACAGUUGUUGUUUUAACAGCGUCUCGCAUUAUGUUUUUUUCUGUGGUACCGCCUCCAUACAAGAUACUUAUCAGUGCAAAGUUGUCGACUACAGUCGACAGAAGUGUUCAAGGAGGAAACAUGGGUUACUUUCCAGACUUUUCCAUCGAAACCUGGACUUUAAUAGUGAUUUCCAUCACUCUCAUCGCAGUAUAUGGCUAUGCUCCAUAUGGAUUUUUCAAGAAACUAGGCAUCCCUGGACCCAAACCUUUGCCUUUUAUUGGAACAUUUUUGGGGCUCAGCAAGGGCAUCCACAAUUUUGACACAGAUUGCUUUCAAAAAUAUGGAAAGAUUUGGGGGACCUAUGAUGGUAGACAGCCUGUAUUGGCUAUUAUGGACACAGCUCUGAUCAAACUUGUCUUGGUUAAGGAGUGCUAUACUGUCUUCACCAACAGACGGGAUAUAGGCCUAAAUGGACCAUUAAGCGAUGCUCUAUCAAUUGUAGAAGAUGAGCAGUGGAAGAGGAUUCGCAGUGUACUCUCUCCAUCAUUCACAAGCGGACGACUGAAAGAGAUGUACACAAUAAUGUUGCAGCACUCAAGCAGUCUGAUCAAGUUCCUUCAAAAGAAAGAGGUGGAUGAAGUCAUAGAGAUUAAAGAAGUGUUUGGACCUUACAGUAUGGAUGUAGUGACCAGCACUGCCUUCAGUGUGGACAUUGAUUCCAUCAACAAUCCCUCUGAUCCGUUUGUAUUGAACAUUAAGCGAAUGAUCAAGUUUAAUUUUCUGAAUCCCUGGGUUGUGCUUGUGGUUCUGUUUCCAUUUUUGAGGGGAAUUCUUGAGAAGAUGGAUGUGUCAGUGUUCCCUACUGAAGUGGUGGAUUUCUUCUACAACUCCCUGAGGUCAAUCAAAUCAGAGCGGAAUAAGGAUGAACACAAACAGAACCGAGUGGACUUCAUGCAGUUGAUGGUGGACUCUCAGAUUUCAGAGAACAAGACAGAGAAUACAAGCCCCCAAAAAGGGUUAAUGGACCAUGAGAUCCUUUCUCAGUCCAUGCUCUUCAUUUUCGCUGGCUAUGAAACCAGUAGCACUACACUGUGCUUCACAGCCUACAACCUGGCAACCCACCCUGAAAUCCAAAAGACCCUGCAAGAUAAGAUUGAUGAAGCUUUUCCAGAAAAGUGUCGGCCCACCUAUGAGGCCUUGAUGGAGAUGGAGUACUUGGACAUGGUGGUGAAUGAGUCAAUGAGGCUGUACCCUAUUGGUAGCCGCUUAGAAAGGAUAUCAAAGGCUUCGGUGGAAGUCAAUGGUGUGACCAUCCCCAAGGGAACUGUCGUCAUGGUACCACUUUACACUCUCCACCGUGACCCUGAUUCAUGGCCUGAACCUGAAGCCUUCAAACCUGAAAGGUUCAGCAAAGAGAACAAAGACAACAUAGAUCCAUAUGCCUUCUUACCAUUUGGAGUAGGGCCAAGAAACUGUAUUGGCAUGCGAUUUGCAAUUCUGAUGAUGAAGUUGGCUUUGGUGGAGAUCCUUCAGCAUUUCAGCUUUGCCACCUGCAAGGAGACAGAAAUUCCAAUGGAGCUGGGAAGUGACGGAUUUUUGUCACCCAAGAAUCCCAUCAAACUGAAACUGAAGCCAAGAGAAAGUGUUGCCGAUUCUACUUCAACCUAACUCUGAUUGUCUGUAAUGUGGAAAUUCUUAAUUCUAGAAAUUCUUCACUUAAACUUGUUUCUUUAACAAAUCAGACCACUGGUUUAUGUUUCCUAAAGUAAUCAAAAAUAAUUUAUAUUCUUCUAAAUUGAAAUUGUCUGUACUACAAGUACACUAACUAACCUCUCACCUGCAGGCAUGCACACUGUAUUAUUUAAAAUGUAGGACUAGUCAAAAAGGAGCAUCUAUCUGUAGUCUAGACUCCACUUAUAAAAUGUAAGGGCUUCUUUAUUUUUCACUUGAGACCAUUCAAAUGAUUUUGAAUAAUACUGUACAUAAUAUUACUCAGCACACAGCAUUUUCUCCACACAUAGUGUCUCCUCUCAUAGCAUUUCUCCAUGCGGAUCGUCUAGGGUAAUGCCACAUAAAACACAUCCUAUUUACUAUGCUGGGUGCAAAAUCACAAUUAUGGAUGUAUUUGAAAGUAGUUCAAUGUUGUGCCUUAUUAUUCUUGUAUAGUAUAUAUGUUCAUAUGAACUACCGUAUAACAUUACAAUUUAAAAUAAGUUAACAACUCAAGAACACAGUUUCAUAUUAAGAAUACAUCUUUCAUACUUUCAAUAAGAAAUCCACAUUCAACCACAGUUUUUGUAUUACUCAGUUUAAAUCAGAUAACUGAAGCUCUCUUCUACUAUGCAGACCACUGCUGAUGUUAUCAUCCCGCUGUACUAACAGUUUAACAGAUUGUGUGAUUUCUUGUAAUCUUUUUGAUAUCUUGAAUAUUAUCUAAAUGUGUGAAAGUACCAUGGCUUUUAUAUAAAUUCACAUGUGGGUGUCAGCUGUUGUUGAUUUUACUUUUCUUUGGUUAUCUUGAUUAUCUCCUCUUUCAUAUCAUGAUGAUGUUCUAAAUAACUGUUUAAAAUGAUCAAUCACAUAUUAUCAUGAAUACUGUCAUAUAACAAAGAUUCAAUGUAGAGAGCUUAUAUUUUAUAGUUAUCCAGUUUGGCUUGUUUCCAUGUUGUACAUGUUUUGUGUUUGGUGCUUUUUGCUCCUCAUUUCACAGGUUAGAGAGGGUGUAGCUGAGUUUGUCACAAAGUGUCCCUGAGUAGGUUGGUUUCAGGAAUAGAUAAAAGCAGGUCUACAUUAAGAACAGACGAUAAUCUCAUUCUCUCCCACCGGUUUUCAAAGUGACAUGGUGUGUUUGAUUUGUUUUGCAUCAACGCACACUCACAUACCAUAUUUCAUUUAUGGCAACAAUGAUACACCUCCAAUCACAUGUCAUGUGUGACUUUGUAAUUAUCAAAUAAAAUGCUUUGUUUUCA